AGAUGUUAUAGGGUCGCUUACAACGAUAUACCGGACGCCGUCAGCAGCGCCUAGGCAGAUAGGAGAGAACAGCCGAAAAGCCUACCAGGUGCAGCCAUGAAAGUGACAGGGAUGCUGAAUGGCCGAUGUAUUUAUUCAUGUAUACUUUUUAUUGCCGCACUGUCAAGGUCGCCAACUACUGCUGAACCGGUGAACCUGACUCUUUAUUAUGAAGGGUUGUGUCCCGACUGCCACGAAUUCAUCCUUGGCCAGCUGUGGCCAACGUUCGGAAAGCUAGAAGAAUACCUGGAGUUGGAUCUCCUACCAUUCGGCAAUGCUGACAUGAAAGUCGCCAACGGAACGGUCACCUUCCAGUGCCAGCACGGUCCCGACGAGUGUCUCAUCAACGAAGUGCAAACGUGCGCUGUUAAGUACGUGCACCCGACCAGGAAACUGCUGGAUUUCAUCACAUGCAUGCUCCGCCAGCCCGAUCCGACCCAAGCUGGUGAGCCGUGUGCUCGGAAGGUGGGGACGGACUGGGCUGUCCUGAACAGAUGCAGCCAGGGACCUGAGGGCACUCAGCUCUUGUACGAGAUGGGCAAGAGGACGCAGGGUCACCAGCCUCCAAUCGAAUAUGUGCCUUACGUAGAGAUUAAUGGCUAUCACAACGAAACCAUGCAAGAAAUGGCGCAGGAAGACCUGUUUCACUUCGUCUGCAAGCUCUUGGAACCGGCGCCACCUAAAGUCUGCAUGAAUGCGGCGACCGGAGGUCGGUGUUUUAAAAGUGCCGCUUUUCACUUUUCUUACCAGAGAGCAUGAUUUUCCUAUUCAAGUUAUAACGUAAUGGCAGGUCUCACGUAGAACGAAUACCAUUUUAGCGUACUCAUAUAUAGGUCUCAAAUGUUCGAAUUUAAUACCACAAAAGAGAAUACAAGCCGCAAAAGGAUCUGUUAAACAAAAUUAGUGUCCUAAAGGCGGAAGGAUCCCUGCCUGUAUCAGCUAAAUAAACAUUCCUUUCUUUUUAACCUGCGAAGCAA